CGGUCCUUCUUUCGCGCAUAUUAUAAUACCGUCUCUCAGCGACGAACGCAGCGGAGGAAAACGCCACGCGAUUAUCGCCGCCUGAUACUACGUUUACGCGAGCGUUACUUCUGUAGUAACUUACGAUAUAUCGCUCGUUUACGCGGGGUAAAUUAUCGUAAGUUACAACGAGAACGUUCCUCCUUUCAAUUCAGGCGCGAUCGCGCUAAUCAGCUGAACGCGAUCAGCCAUAGCGUGUGGGCGAUCUCGUGAUUCGCCCGCAACCUGACGAGAGAAAGAGAGAGAGAGAGAGAGAGAGAGAGAGAAAGAAAAAUCAACCGAGGGCCGUCGAUGAUCCCGAGAGAAAUGACAAAAUCUGCCGUACACGCGUGCCAGGCAUGAAAGCUGGACUACUCUCGGCUCCCCGAGUGGUUUGUUGUUGUUCCACGCGCCUCACAGGUUAUGUGAGACCCGUGCGAGUGGAUCGCCCGGAGACGCGCAGCCCGAGACGUACGUCGACGAGUUAUGGUGCGGUUCCCCGGUCCUCCGUGAGCGUCCCGGUGGCCUAACGAUGGAGCGGAACGGUGCCAGGGAGAUGGAGGAGCGCCGGUGCAUUCGGGACACCGGCAGGGCCCUGAAGAAGUACGGCAGCACAGCCAAGCACGUGACGCGGACCGAGAGCUUGGUGAAGCACACGGUGUGCCCUACGGACACCCUCCAGGGAAUAGCGCUUAAAUACGGAGUUACGACGGAACAAAUAAGAAGGAUCAAUAGAUUGUGGGCGUCGGAUAGUUUAUUUUUACGGGAACAUUUGCUUAUUCCCGUCAGCAUCGACAGCCCCACCUCUGUAUGUAAUGACGAAUUGGUAGCUUCUGAGGAGCAUGAUGUCCCUCCAAAUAUUUCUAGUCCUUCUUCGAUAUCGUCCUCUAUUGGUGAUGAAAGUUCAGUUAAUGAUUUCUUAGCUAAGAUGGAUACUUCGAUAGCCAAUGCCAAGAAAGAAGUCAAACGCACUCAAGGGAACAAUUCUGCACUGAUGGCAAUGACGUUUACGUACAACGACGACGUGGGUCGGCUAAAUUGCGAAACUCAUUUCCUACCACAUCGAAUACCUACUCGACGUCCUCCUCUGACACAGUCAGGCCUGUGUCCUCUAGUGAUAUGCAUAACUUUCCAACUGCUGUGGUUAUGACGCAAGGAAGAAGAGUAAAAACUUCCUUGCAAAGACUCGAGCAGCAGCAAGACGAGAUAUUCCAGUUGUAGCGUCUAAGUUUCAUUGGACUGUAAUGUCAUGUGUGUCGACUGUUAUUAAAAAGCUUGUAGGAAAGGAUGUACUGUAUAUCAAUGCGAAUAGGAGGUUGUGCUUCUCACGUCUGACGUUGGUUGAUCCAAUUGUAUUGCAGUUCAAUUGAAUUAGACUGCAUCGCUCUCUCUUUUACGUUAAAAGACCAUUCGUAUCCCGUAGCUGGUUUAAGUAAUAUUCUUAUACAACGGUUGCACAAUCGCUGUAUCCCGGUUUUACGAUCUUUCUUUUUUCAUCGUAAUGAUAUCGCGAAGAAUGGAUCAACUAACUUUUAUACGUAGCGCUAAACCGUUUUACAUAACGUUGCUUAGUGGACCAUAUGUGCCUUGAAUGUAAAACUGCGUUAUGUAAGGGGUUCUCUUCAUGCCCGAUUUUAUCUAGUUAAAUCACAUAAAAAUUGAUGUAUGUUCCUUUUUUAAAUACUUAAUUUUUUUUUCUUUUAGUUCACUACUGUGAUGAACCACCUAAAAAUUUGGCAAAAAAAACCAAAAACAGCUUUAAGAAAACUAGUUAUUAUGUAGCGAAAAUAAAUAGUGCAAAGCUAUAAAUAUAAACAAGAUGUAGAAUCUACUUAUCUGAAACGCGAUUUCUUAAACCAAUUGUUACAUUUGUUAUAUAACGAAAACAUAUUUUAUUUUCUGUUUUAAUAAACCUCAUAAAAUUUUUUUCACAAACGAUAAAAAAUAUAUCAUGUAUACAAUAUUUUUCCAAUAUUAAAUAUAUAUAAAUGUUAUCAUUGUUUAUAAGAAUCCUAGUGAAAAUAAUCAUGUGUAAAUUAAAAGAAAGGAGCAAAAUGCACCUGAUAUUAAAAUAUUAUAAAUUAUUUUCUUUCGAUCAGUAUCAAAUCUUAGCUGGACUAAGCUUUCUACGAUUAAUAUUGAAUUAAAGUAAUAUUAUUAGAACACAUUUACUUAACGUACUGCAAUCAAUUUGAAUGUAUUGUAAUCAUUGCCAAAGUCAGCGAAUUCUUCGUGUGAGAUAUAAUGCAAAAAGUCACACAAAGUCAGAAAUUAAAGAGAAUUCACUUUAAAAUAAUGUUACAAACAAUAUCAUUUAAUGUCGCAAAGCGAUUGAAAUUAGAGAAACUAACAAUUUAAUUUAUAAUAUGAACACUUCCACCUAAAGUCUAAACAUAGAGUUACACAUUGAUAUACAUUGUACAUCAAAUCUAUAUGAUAUGUCCAAGUUUUGUACAUAAUCUAAAGAAAUCCUGUAUUUUACACUGUACAUACAGUAAAUAGCAGCACUGGUUGACAAUGUUGUCUGUAAUUAAUAUCAUGCAGUACCAUUUCACUGUAAAAAAGACAUAUAUAAGAAUGUUGUAUAAAUUAAGAUCUCUGAUACAUCCUCGCCACUAUACAUAGACAUAAUUAUAAUUAAGAUAUACAUAAGUUGGGAAAAAUGUAACUGAACAAUGUAAAUAUAAAUUAUAUUAAAUAAAAAAGAUCUAAUGAGUAACAAAAGUUUGACCCCA